GUUUGUAGACGUCACCAAACAGAAAUGAACGCCAUUUACACCUUCGGAGGAAAGUUCACCAACUGCAUCCUCAUCCCUCAACGCUAUAUUUUGACCAUCAUGACUAGUUUAGCGACCUUCACUUCCUAUAUGUUGAGAGCAACAAUUUCUCUGGCCAUCACCGAAAUGGUCGAGAAAAAGAAUAAAAGUCUGGUAUAUCAUGAAGAUUCGUGUCCCGUAAUCGAUAACUCCACGUAUGUUGCGGUCAAGAACCGCGAUGUCUUGUAUGACUGGGACGAAAUCCAGCAAGGUCUCAUUCUGAGCUCGUUCUACUGGGGUUAUCUGUUCACCCAUGUCCCCUGUGCUUUAAUGGCUCAAAAAUAUGGAGGCAAACAUAUCCUAGGAUUGGGGAUGUUGGUAAAUAGCAUCCUAACGAUAAUGUCUCCUUUCGUUAUUACAUCAACGGAUGGUAACUGGGUGAUUUUGAUAACUCUAAGGGUUAUCAUGGGACUCGGGCAAGGAAUGGUGUACCCGGUCAUCACGACCCUUCUCUGCCAGUGGAUCCCUCCAAAGGAUAAGGGAUUUACGAGUAGUCUGUCGUUCGCAGGAGCACUAAUGGGCACUGUGGUUACCAAUUCUGUGGGUGGGGUAUUGAUCACUUGGGCCGAAAAUUGGAACAUCCUUUUCUUUUUCUCCGGACUGUUAGGGUUAACAUGGAACAUCGCUUGGCAGCUCCUUUGUUACUCGUACCCCAGGACACAUCCAUGUAUCAAACCGAAAGAAAAAGAGUACCUUGACCAAGAGUUAGGCGAACACGUGAGUGAGGAAUCAUUAGAAACACCCUGGAAGGAAAUGUUAACGUCCGUACCCGUCUGGAGUUACAUAGUGGUACAGUUUGGGCACGACUGGGGCUGGUACACCUUGGUCACAGAUCUCCCGAAAUACAUGAACGGGGUACUGCGCUUCAACGUGAGAGAGAACGGAAUGUUUUCCGCCGCACUAUACUUCGUGAUGUUUUUUUCCACAACAGGAGGCGGAUUUUUCGCAGACUGGCUGAUUCACAAGAAUUACAUGUCCAUUAGGCACACCAGACAAGUUUUUGGCGCUUUAGGGUCCGUGGUACCAGCCGUCUUUAUUGUCUUGGCUUCGUACGUCGGAUGCCAGAGAUAUUGCGCGGUGACAUUGUUUGGACUAUGUCUAACAUUCAUGGGUUUCUACUGUCCGGGAAUCAAAGUGAAUGCCUUGGAUUUGUCACCGAAUUUCGCCGGUACCGUCAUGGCGUUGGCUAACGGCAUUGGGGUCGUCGCUGGCAUGGCGGCGCCCACUGUGGUCGGAUUAUUAGCCCCAAAUCAAACUUUGUCGGAAUGGAGAAUCGUCUUUUGGGUUUCUUUUGUCAUGUUAAAUGGGACUUUUCUCAUCUUCCUAUUCUUCUUCUCGGCGGACGUGCAACCGUGGAAUUCCAAGAAACACGACCAAGAAUAGUGACCUUGUACUUAGUGUAUC